GUCAAAAGUGCAUCGAGCGCAGCCAUGUUCACGACGUAUCGGCGCACAGGCACCAUCGUCAAGCAAAUGGCAGAGUUUGUUCAAGAGCAGACUGCAGACCUAGAAAACGACAGCCUGUGGUGGGAGUCCCGGAUCAAGGUGGUGCAGGAGUGGCUGCGUGCGAACCCCCUUCGAAUCGGCGUACCUGACGACGGCACAAUUGAGACGAUUACCCAGCAAAUAGCCCGAGGCGACCAGCACAGUCAUAUACGGGUCAAGGCAUGGAACCACAUAGUGGCGGAGCUUCAUGGCAUCCCUGGGGUGUGCACCAAGUUCACGGGCACAUUAGCAGCAACGUUAGCUGGCCCUGUGGAGGUAGAGCCAGGGGAUGACCAGCCCUGCAACAACGAAGGCGACGCGCUGGCGUCACAGGACUCUGACGAUCGACAACUCACUUUCAACGCAACGGAAGAAGUCUUAAGUCCAUUGAGGGGCAAGCUCCGAGCGACCAAAGGCAAGGCCCCCGUCGUUGAAAGUGUCACCGUCACCUCUAUCCUCAACCAGCAGGAAGAGCAGAAGCACCCCCACAUGCUUGAAAAGAAGUCCCUGUCUCAAAUGUCCAUGAUGGAUCGCCAGCAAGAAUGGCUGCGAAAAAAAGCUGAAAAGACAGCAGCCGAGAAACAACGACAGCAAGACGAGGCCGACAAGGAGCUGACGUUCCAGCCCACGCUCAAGAAGUCUACGAGAUCGUUGACCCAAACAGCAGUCCCCCAACCCUCGACGACGCCAGCACCUUUAGAACCCACUAAACAACCUCGAUCGAAAUCUGCCGACAGACAUCGCAAGCAGCCUGGGACUCAAAAAUUACCCCUCAAGACCACCUCGUCCCUUCUUGAUUCGGUCAAGGCGGAACUGUCUGCGUCGUCCGCCGCUACCCCCAUGCCGCCGACCAAAGCAACAAAACAAUCCGCGCCAUUAACAUGCCAUCCCACAACCGUCGAGGACUCCACCAAUGUUGACUUGAUUGCCAAGGCCCUGGAGAGUCUAGGCACGAUCAUCAAGGCAACAAAUGAGUCGCCGCCAGAGAAAGAGCCACCGUUCCAAUUCGACCCCAGGUCGAGCGAGACCAAAGCACGGUAUCAACUGCAAGACCCGGCGCAAUUCGACUUGACCAGCGUGUAUCGAAAGAAGGACAAGUACGCCAGACAUGAUGGCGUGUCGCUGCAAAUGGGCCGACGCGACGACACACGCGAAGAACAAAUCAUCGCCGUGUUGUUUGAUCGAGAGCAUUUUACGUCCGAAGCCGAAGCGGGCGAAUGGUUCGCAGACCACAAGCAGCGGCUGCUGUCGUACAUGUCGUGACGCCGGCACAACUCACCGGUCAGUUCAAGUGCACCAAGUUUUGCGCGACAUCUGAAGCCUGUAAUUUCUGCAAAAUAGAGACUUCUAGCAAGUGCGA